CGGCUCUCGGGCCACCCCGCCGCCGGCCGCCCGGAACGAGGGAGGGAGCCGGGAGAGAGCAAUUGCUGCUCCGGCCCGCCCGCCCUCUUAGGUUUGGGCGUCCCCCUCCCCCACCCCCCGGAGUGCGGGCGCGCGCGACCUCCGGGCGGGCUCCCCGUGCUCGGGCCUGAGCGCGCGCGCCGGCCCCUCCCCUCCGCGCGCCCUCGCCGGGGCGGGCUCUCGGGCGGGAGCGCGUGCCCCUCCUUUCCUCCUUCUUUCCCUCCCUUCUUCCCUCCCUCCCUCCAGGCCCGGCGCCGCAGCUGGCUUAUUGUGGAGGCUCGCCGUGCGCCGCUGCCACUGGACCGGCGGCGGCGCCGCCGCCGGUGCCGCAGAGCCCAACGCGAGAGCUGGGGGACGUGCGUGGCCGCGGCUCGACCCCCUGGCUCCUCUCUGGCCGGCGCCUUCCGCGUCGCACGCCGCCCCUCCCCCACGUGCCGCGGCGGCGCGCGCUCCUGUCCCCGCGUGCACGGGCGGCGGGCGGGCGCCCGGUGCUCGGGCGUGUGCGAGGCGUGAGGUGGAGAUGGGGGCGGAGGGAGCCGGAGCUGUCACAGGCCCCGGGUCCGCCUGACCGAGCCAAGUGGGGUGUCAUGGCCGCGGGGGGCAGCGGCUGCACUUCCUCUGCGGGCGGCGGCGGCGGCAGCGGCGGCAGCUGCGGCCGUGGAGUUAAUCCUCGACGCUCGGGUCGGUCCCGUUUCCCUCUGUGCGGCGGCCGGCGGGACCAUAAGGGCUUAACUCAUAUAUUUAACCCCCCUCCAAAAAGGUUUGAAAGUAUUCUUGAAGGGCUGUUUGGACCUGCAUUAUUAAAAGAUCUCAGUUUAUUUAAAGACUGUGAACCUGAAAGCAUUUCCGAUUGGACUUUUGAUGAAAAUUGUCUGUUCUGUUGCUUGAGAAGAGAUAAAGUAAAGGGACACUUAGUCGGUCUGGAUGAACCAGCUUCGGGAGCUGGGCAAGAAGCUCUGCUUAAACGAGAGCAAGCAAAAAUCAUUCGAUUCGAGAGACAAGCAGAAGAGUUCCUCAAUGCAGUCUUUUGUAGAAAAGACAGUCCCUGGGUCUCCGACCCCAAUAUUCCCCUAGUGGCCCGUGAGAUCAUGCAGCGAAUGAUCCAACAAUUUGCUGCUGAAUAUACCUCAAAAAAUAGCUCUACUCAGGACCCCAGCCAGCCCAAUAGCACAAAGAACCAAAGCCUGCUGAAAGCAUCUCCAGUCACCACCUCUCCCACGGCUGCAACUACUCAGAACCCUGUGCUCAGCAAACUUCUCAUGGCUGACCAAGACUCACCUCUGGACCUUACUGUCAGAAAGUCUCAGUCAGAACCUAGCGAACAAGACGGUGUACUUGAUCUAUCCACUAAGAAAAGUCCAUGUGCAGGCAGCACUUCCCUGAGCCAUUCUCCAGGUUGCUCCAGUACUCAAGGGAACGGUGAGAACUCAGCGGAGGCGAUAGCAGUAGAUUCUAACGAUCAGUCGAAGUCCCCGCUGGAGAAGUUUAUGGUCAAGCUGUGCACUCACCAUCAGAAGCAGCUCAUCCGUGUUCUGAACGAUCUGUACGCUGAGCCUCAGCCAGGCGCCGGGGACCGGCGACCCUCGGGCUCUGCAGCAAUGGAUGCCUCCACCUGCAGUGCUGGCUGUGCCCAGCUCGGCACCAGACGUAAGGAAAAGGAUGCCGUGUGUCUCAAUAUGAAGUCUUCUACUUCUGUAGAGUUGUUCAUAGACCCAUCAGGCCCUCACAGCCCUCAACACUUGACAGAACAGGCCCUAAAGGAGCCUCCUCCCGAGACAAACUCUGUAGACGGAAGAGAGAAUACUUUGACUGUUGUCCAAAAAGAUUCCUCUGAACUUCCAACCACUAAACCGAAUUCAAUGGAUAGUUCCACUCUGGGAUACCUCACUACAUCUAAUUCUUCCUCAGUAAACUUCCACCACAUCUCUAAGAGCUUGGAGGGGCAAACCACUGGACAGGAGCAAGACACAGAUGUGAAAAUAUGCAAGGAUGGUAAAGACCAUGUGCAGAGUUCAGCUUUAGUAGAAAAUCUAAUCGCAGUAAAAGUGGCAACCGAGAAUAGUGAGGAGAGCAACAGCUGUAUUGUUUCUCAAAGAAAUUCAUUCAGAGCUUUAUCAGAAGAGGCUUGGGACUCAGGGUUUAUGGGGAAUUCACCUAGAACUGCUGACAAAGAGAAUGCUUUACAGUGUAGCUCAAAAACACCUUUACGCCAGGAUUUAGAGGCAAGUGAACAAGAUUCAAGGCCAAAGCAAGAGAACCAUCUUCACUCAUUAGGAAGAAAUAAAAUGGGUUACCAUUUACAGCCCAGUGAUAAGAGCCAGUUUGAUCAUUCCAAAGACGGUUGGUUAGCCCCCAGCCCCAUGCCACCUGUACACAAAGCAUCUAAUGGACAUUCACGAACCAGGAUGCUUUCAGCCUCCAUUAAGACAGCUCGGAAAAGUAAAAGGGCAUCAGGGUUGAGGAUAAACGAUUAUGAUAACCAAUGUGAUGUCGUUUAUAUCAGCCAGCCAAUAACAGAAUGCCACUUUGAGAAUCAACGAUCGGUGUUAUCUUCUCGGAAAACAGCCAGGAAGAGUACUCGAGGAUACUUUUUCAAUGGUGAUUGUUGUGAGCUGCCAACUGUUCGCACACUGGCCAGGAAUUUACACUCCCAAGAAAAAGCCAGCUGCUCGACACUGGCCUCAGAGGCAGUGGUGACUCCCAAGCAGACCCUUAUCAUUUCAUCACCUCAGCCUACAGUAGAUGUGCAGCAUCCCAGAGAAGACAACCCUGAAGAACCUAGUAAAGAAAUAACCUCCCUCAAGGAAGGAGACAGAGAUGCAUCAUCUGAAAAGGAAUCUCAAGAGCCUGAGGUUUGCCCUGUGACAAAUAACGCAAACCCAAGCAGCUCCUCUAGAUCAAAGGAGACAGCAGCCUCCAACCCAGCGUGGCCUCUCCCUGCUCACCUUCCUGAAGAGGAUCUUCCAGAAGGCAGCUCCGCGGUCUCAGCUCCCACAGGAAGCGGGAUAUCUUCCCCUGAACGAGACCAACCGCCAGUUGAACUGCUAGAUACAAAGGAGAUGAGUGUACCCCAAGACUGUCCCCUGCUUCCCUCCACAGAGAGCCUUUCUGAGGGAGGCAGUGAAGAUGUUGUUCCUAGGCCUUGUUCCCCUCCUGAAACAGCAAGUAGAGAGGAAAGUCCUCUGUGCUCAGAAAAUCAAAGUCCCCCAGUGGGCUUGGAGCCUCCCACGAGUCUGGGAAAGGCUGAGGAAGACCAAAGCAUCGGUACUGAGGCUGAGACCGAAGACGCUCAGGAGUUAGAUACUGACCCACUCUUGAAGGAAAGCAGCACUUUGACUAAUGAAAACCCCAGUGAAAUUGAGGAAAGCGAGGCACCAGGUGGUACAGGAAAAUUCGAGGGAGAGGAUGGUGAUGCAAAACAUCCUACAGAAAAAGAUAUGUGUGAUCAAAACAUUGACUCACCUGAAGAGAAUCUGGACAAGAAGAAAAAAGGUAAAAAAUUCCCCGAGGCCUCUGAUAGGUGCCUAAGAAGUCAACUUUCAGAUUCUUCCUCUGCCGAUAGGUGCCUAAGAAAUCAAAGUUCAGAUUCUUCCUCUGCUUGUGCUGAGAUCAAGGUUUCUAAAAAUCCUGGUGCAAAACGUUCUAAAAAAGAAGGGUAUCCUGGUGGGGCAGCACCUGAGAGCUUCCUGACUGAAGGUUUCCAUACAAAAACUCUGGAGGACACUGAAAACCCAAAUGUCAAUGAAAACCCCUCUGGGAAAGAUGCUGAGCAGGAGGGCGAAGGAGGUGGGAUGAUCACCAGGCAGGCUUUUAAAAACAUGCUAGCAAAAGAAGUCAAGGGGGAAGAAGAAGGUGUUUUCCCCAGCAGUGACCCCUUAGCCACAGUUGGCCAGCCCCUGCCUGGAGAGAAACUGGAAAUCUAUGUUCAGUCUAAAUUAGGUGAGAACAGUACUCAAGACCCCUCUGAAAGCAUUCCUUGUACGUUCCCAGAACAAUCAAAAGAGAAGCCAGGACCUGUUCCUGCACAAGAGACAGAAGAGGUUGUAAAUGAUAUAGACAGUGCGGACAGCCCGCGUAAAGAUGACGACAGUGACGUGCUAUCUAGCACAGUUGGAUUGUCAAGUAGUAGAAGUGAUGACGCUGCUGGGCCCCCAAAAUGGGUCCCAAGGCUUACAAGACUGACCUCCUCAACCUACAACCUAAGACAUGCUCAUUCUCUGGACUCCUUGGAUACUAUAAAAGUGACUUCCGAAAAGGAAGCAGCACAAGGAAACACAAUGCCAAAGGAAAAUGAAACUUCAGAGAGUGGAGAUCCCUUAGACGAGGAUGAUGUGGACACAGUGGCAGACGACCAGCCAAAGUUUGUAGAAUGGUGUGCCGAGGAGGAGAACCAAGAGCUCAUCGCCAAUUUCAAUGCCCAGUACAUGAAAGUUCAGAAGGGCUGGAUCCAGCUGGAGAAAGAAGCCCAGCCAGCACCAAGAGCAAGGAACAAGUCAGAUAAGCUGAAGGAAAUUUGGAAAAGCAAGAAAAGGUCACGGAAAUGUCGGGGUUCACUGGAGGUUCAAAAGUUUUCUCCUGUUCAGAUGCUGUUUAUGACAAACUUUAAAUUAUCUAAUGUUUGCAAGUGGUUCUUAGAGACAACUGAAACCCGGUCUCUGGUAAUUGUGAAGAAGCUCAAUACUCGUCUUCCGGGAGACAUCCCACCUGUCAAGCAUCCUCUUCAGAAGUACUCUCCUUGCAGCCUGUACCCCAGUUCACUCCAGGCUGAACGCCUGAAGAAACACUUGAAGAAAUUUCCCGGAGCUACUCCUGCUAGGAACAAUUGGAAAACACAGAAGCUCUGGGCUAAAUUCCGAGAGGAUCCUGACCAAGUGGAGCCAGAGGAUGACAGUGACGUUAGCCUCAGCCCCAAUCCUGAAGACAGCAUAGAGGAGGUCAAGGAAGGUAGAAAUAGCCAUCCUCCCACAAACUCACCUACCCCUGCCAGUACCCGAAUCCUUAGAAAAUACUCCAACAUUCGAGGAAAGCUCAGAGCCCAGCAGCGUUUGAUCAAGAAUGAGAAAGUGGAAAGCCCAUUUGGUCCGGCUGUGGAAAGUAAACAGAGUUGUAAGAGUGUGUGCAUCAACCCUCUGAUGUCCCCCAAGCUUGCCCUGCAAGUAGGUGCAGAUGGGUUUCCUGUUAAGCCCAAGAGUACCGAUGGAAUGAAGGGAAGGAAAGGGAAGCAGACGUCUGAAAUCUCGCCGAAAGCAGAAGUUCAGAAUAAACGCAAGAGGACAGAAGGCGGCAGCACUCAGGACAGGAAGGACAAGGGAGCUGCGAUGAAGGCCAGCAGAGAAAAGCACGUUGAUGGAUCCACCAGAACCCCCGCUGCCAAGAAGCCAGCUGCAAGGGACAGAGUCAACCAACUGCCCAAAAAGACGACUUUGAAAGAGAAGAAAGGGAAGAUUCCUAAAAAGUCACCUGGGAAGAGCUGCCCUCCCUCCAGGAAAGAAAAAGAGAAUACAAACAAAAGACCUACCCAGCCCUCCCCCUCGGAGAUAGUGACAAAACCUGCAAAGCAAAAAGGGGCAGGCGAGUCCUCUUCAAGGCCACAGAAAGCCACAAAUAGGAAGCAGAGCAGUGGAAAGACUCGGGCCAGACCCUCGACGAAAACCCCAGAGAACAGUGCAGCCCAGAGAAAGCGAAAGCUGAAGGCAAAGCUGGACUCUUCCCACAGCAAACGGAGGCGGAUGGAUACAAAGUGAUUGGAAGGGCAGUAUUCAAGAGUUAAAACUGUUCUAUAGAAGUAACCCUUUAUUUUGCAUUAACUAAAUCUGCUUUUAUAAGCUUAUCAAGCCUUUCAGAUCUGCAGUUAAUGGAGAACACCACAAUUUAAGAUGUCAGAAAUUGCGUCUCAGAUGGAGAAGGGAACUUGCAGAGUCUUUCUCUGAGGCUGAGUAAGGGAAGUUAUAUAUUAUAUUCUGGUUGUUCCUUGGGUUUUAAACUUGGAACCAAGCAGUUUUAGUUUUUAAAAGUACAGUGCCUUAUUUAUCCUUUUUGUUUUUAAAUUUACAAAAGCUAAAAAGCUGAUCUAUGUGAUUAAAGGCUUGUAUUUUAUACUUGAUGCACAAGCACUUGUACUGUAGCCGAGAAGACCACCAUCAUGCACAUAAAAGUAGCUUUUCAGCAGCCACCCUGCGGUAUCUGUACAUGAACAGAUGCUCCUCUUUGCAAACCCCAGCAGUGAACUUCCCUCUGUCUCGUUUGUUUAAAUGAUAUUUGAAAGCUAAACCAAAUCAUUUUUAUGGUAUGUGGAGAAUGCAGAGGGAAUUUAUAAUUAUUAUAAAAGAUUAAUAUUUCUGUUACCCCGUUUUAAAAAUUCAUAUUCAUUGUUGGUCACUCAUCUCUGAUCUUUUGUCAUUUGAAGAAAUGUAUUCUAAAUUAUGUGCCCAUGGGAUAAGAGGUGAGUCACAAGGUGUUAAUAUUGACUUAUGGGCUCUAAAAGUUAUUCACAUCCCCCAAAUUAUUUGCAUUACUGAUUCUUAUCAUCCUUUUCAUUUUUGGCCUUGCAGGAUUGCUAGCACACUAAUGAGGCUUUCAUCCUACUUUGGGGGAAAAAAAAAAACAAAACUAGGACCUUUUUUCCAUCUUGUAGCCGUAAUUUGACAAUUAGGAUAAGAGUGACCGUUCUGAUUUUUUCCUUGCCCUGAGUACUUCCACAGUCAAAGAAAGCCAAAAUGUUAUUUUCAGUAAUAGAAAAGCUUAAGAUGUGUGUGUGUAUGUUUGGGUGCAUUUGCAUGUGGUUAUAAGCCACAAAUGUCUCCCAAGCCCAGUUUUACAGUAAAAUUCUUUCUUCUCCAUGCAGUGUGAUAGGGUGUUCAUGAGCUGAGUAAUUAGCAUAUGCCAGAUGACUUAAAUGUAGCCCAGGGUCUCUGUGAGUAUCCCCCAAAUCACUAUGGCACCAGACUCAGAGAGGUGUAAACAACACAGAAUUGUAUAAAGGUCAGAGCAGCCUUGCUGUUGGAGAAAGGAGCACCAACAUCUCACAGUGUGCCCAUACACACCCCUGUACCAGGAGCUAAUGUUCAGUUGGUAUUCCAAUGUGAAAUGUACAUGGUUAGAGUAGUAGGUGCCCUUUCUGAUUGGUUAGCACCAUACUAGCAGUUAAUACUUGUAGUAUUACACUGGCCUCUGUCAUGUCAGGCUCUGUUUCAUGGCUCAAAAGUGUGAGCUGCAAUAUUUGUAACUGAUGUUGUUUGAGGCCUAAGAUGGGUACAUUGGCUUUACCUUGGUGCCUGUGACAUUGCUCCAUUAUAACAUAGUGUGUACUCGACAUCUCCAUUGGGCCACUCUACCAGUAAGGCUUGGUUGCUAAAGCCUCAGCCAGCUUCUCUAACAUGCUCUCUCCCCAGAAUAGGCUUGUAUGAAUAGCUGCUACUCUCUCCUUUUUAUUAAAAAUGUUUCCAUUCAUAUUGCUUCAGAUCUGUUUGGAUUAACCCAGAUGUACCUUUAUUCAUGCAUUAGUUCAUUCAAAUCAUGAUAAAACAGGUUUUCUACCCAUUCUGUUAAAGUUUUGCUGUAUAUAAUGAAAACUUCUGAUUGGAUAGGACUGGAGAAAAGCAUUUGAUUCAUGGGAAAUGGAAAAUUGUGUUGAAUUUUAUAGAUAGUGAAGUUUACUAUCUUCCAUGAAGCCUUGAUUUUUUUUUUCGUGGUGUCUCCUCUAUCCCAUGAGUCUUUUUUUUUCCUUUUUAAUAUCUUUGACUUUGGCCAUUCAGGAGCGACCUAUAUUAAUGAAACUGCUGAGUGUGUAUGUUGGCAACCUUUCUCAGCAUUAAGUUGCACAGAAGCAUUAACCUGUUUUAAGUAGGUUCGUUUAAUCUAUAAAAGUGGUUUUAAAGUUUUUAAAAAUCUUUUCAUAUAGUCGUCACUGGAUAUUGUUUUUGCGGUGACUUAAACGGUGGAGGUUUGCCCAUGUCAGGUGUGCUGAUCCCUGUAAAUACGUUCAAGGUGCCCCCUUAGCUGCAUAUAGACUACCUUGUAAGGGUGCUUGGAUUAGGUUAGGGAUGUGAGGCUGUAAGUGGGUGGUACUUUUCCAGUUGCUGAUUUAUAAUUCAUUCCAUUACUUUUCUAAGUUCUUUUUCAUUUUUAAAAGCUUACUUCAAGAUAAUAGCCUUCUCUCCCAUUCUAGGCAGCAUUUGAGAUAAGGUAUCAAUGUUUAUGUAUUUAUUUUAUACACCUAACAAUGCAAUGGAUCAUCUUUAAAAUCAACUUACACUUUAUAGUAGACCACAUUUAAAUAGACUGGGAUUCUACAUAAUUAAGACACUUAAAAGUUUAGAAUUAUUUUCAUAUUUGUUGAAUCUCAUUUUUGCUUAUUCAGUUAACUUUACUAAUAGAAGAAAGAAAAAAAGCAAACUUGAGGGCCGACUCUGGAAGCCCUUUUACACUUACAACAGAUGCUGGCAAACCUGUCUCCCAGACACCUCCAAGCCUUGGUUUCAUCUCGAGUCUCCCCUUGUCUUCCCUCUCUUGCAAAGACCUCCUUCCUAUAGCCAUUGUCACAGUGUGGCUUGCCACUCGAUGCAAAGGCAGUCUGUCCCACCUUCUGGAUUGCAAAUUUGAAAGGAAUUCUCCUCCUGGGCCUGUGCUCAGUGAAGUGAUGUUGGAGCUGAUGUUGAUGACCAGAGAACAUUGGUAUUUCCUCUAAGCUUCUGGAGGAGCUGGAAGACGCCUGGGAAGCAAUCACUGAAGCUCUACCAUAGCUCCCCAGAGGUGAGCCCUCUUCAGGAGACCCAUUUCUAUCUCCCAUUUUCUAUCCCCUGAGGCUCCCUGGGUUUGGGAGGACAGCAUGGAGACUGUACCCUCAGUUGGGGUCCAGAGCCUCACCCCUAGCACUUCCUCAGACGUGUAGCAAUCUUGCAGCGCAGCAGGAAGGCCACGAACCUUUGUUGUGCUCUUGAGGCUUCUUAUAUACAAAUGUUAUUAAUGUCUGUUAACCUGCAGUUGCUAGUCCCUUGGCUCCCUUAGGUAGGCCAAUUCUGUUGUGUCUGUACUUCAUUAAAGACUUCUACACAAGCCUUAUUUAAGAAAUAAUCUUAGGCUGUGGGUUUCGUGCCUCAUUGUUCCUGCAUAGUAUAGAUAGGUGUUAGUCAUCCUUUCACAAAGGUGGUGCUUUUAAUAGGAUCCUCUACGCAUCACAUACUGUGCAGGUGAAUUUCUCACUGUUCAGAUAGGUCAUCAGUAAAACAUCACUUCAAGACGGUCAUUUUGAAUUGAAGUUUGGACUCUUUUCUCCCUUGUGAUGAAUUCUGUAGUGAUGACUGAAGCUGUCACCAUCUUUUGUGGGCAGUUUGCCUGUUGAUCGAUGGACCUAAGAGCCAAGUAGGAAAGGGCAACAUGCUAUGUGAGGCAAGCUGGAGAUGCUGUAGUGUCACCCUCAGUGAGUCUGGGUCUUGGCACUGCCCCUGGGACUGGGCUGGAGUUUCCCAAGGUACUGGCCCAAGUUGCCACACCCACACCUUUUGGUUUUAGGUCAGCCCAUGCAGGGUCUCAUUUGGCCGACAGAUGAUCUUUCACAGGUCUGCAAACUGUGGGCUGGUCAUUCUUUUGUAAGUAAAAGGUUUUUGGAACACAGCCCCUCCCAUUUGUUUGUGUGUUGUCUCUGGCUGCUUUCCAGCAGAGUUGGGCAUCUGCAACAGAGGCCACAUGACCCACAAAAGCCUAAAAUAUUUACUACCUGGACCUUUAAGAAAAAGUUUGCUGACCCAUGCCUGAGAAAAGAACCUUUUUUUCAGGAUAAAAAAGCUUCCCUGGUUUAUCUUCUCCUUCCUUCUGCCUCUUCGCCUGUCUUCUUUUCUUCUCCUUCCUCCUUAUGUUACCUCAAUUUUGUUCUUUUUACAUGUCUUUAUUUUUUCUUGCUACAAAAAAGACACAUUAUAUUGCCACAGCACAUCAGAUACCAUCUCCUGAAACUUGAGCUACCUUAGCCUCACAUCCUGUUAGGAUCACCCAUCACAGUGGCCAAAUCGAGGCCACCUUAACCUCUGGAGUCAGAAUCCAUGAGCAACUAGGAAUGCAGAGUUCUAACAUGAUGUAGCCUGGGCCUCUCCUUUCAUUCAGUUUUUAUCAUAGACCUGAUUCUGGCUUCACUUCUUGUUUAUUACUAAAGUAAGCCAAAUUUUGUUUCUUUCAAAAUUAGUUGAGACAACUUUAGGUGGAUGUUCAGUUUUCUGAACCUUACAUUUAGAUAUGGAAAAGCCUUUUCACAGAGAGGAAACAAAGUCCAAUCAUAAACCCAAGGCAUUGUUUAUUAUGUAAUAUUUUUGGCCAGCUUCUAGGAAAAUAAAAAAUAUAUUGGCACUGAUAACUUUUUUCAGUCACCUACUCUUCUUUCAAAAUAAUUUUAUUAAAGGCACGCCAGCAACUGAAAGAUAGAGGCUUGAAGUGCUUUAGAAAGACUAAUAGAAAAUUGGAGCCUAUUACAACCUGAGCGUGACUGAGAAGUUAUGGAUGAUUAGAUUAAAUCCUGUCAACUGCCAAGGUUUUGUCUUCCCCCUCCCCCAAAACUCAAGGAUCUGUUUCUCAGUGGCUCUAAAACAGUGACUGUUCCUUUUGUUUUGAAACAUAAUUAUCAUUUUGAAUUCUUAACUAUGAAUUUUUAUCUUCUCAUGGCUCGGUAUCCACUGAAAUAUUGGAAAUUUUUCUGAGUAUGAAAUCAUGUCUAUGUAAGGCAUCAGCAGGGCAAUCCUCACAUCCCAGCAGUAAAUACUCUACCCCAGGCUUGCUCCCAAGUCCUUUUCAGGGAGAAAGAGAAAAUAAAAAGAUGAUUGUAUUUAAUACAAGCAGAAUUAUGGGAAGCCUUUUGAGACAGCCUUCGAUAUAGUUCAUGCCUUGAAAUGUCAGAACAAACUGCUGUAUUCUACAGUGGACGGAUUGGAAGGCAUGAAAGUCUGACCUCCUUCACUUAAAGAUACUUUCAUGCUCAGGCAGAAACCCAGAGCUCUCUGAUGCUGCUUGCCAUGCUAUACUGGGGACCCAGGGAACCACCUGAGUCACCUUGCAGGCAUCCUUGCUCAUGCUUCUGCCCUUGGAAUUGAGCCACAGCUGGCCAGUUCCUUGCAUUACCUUCCCUUUGUCUGAUCAUUUUCCCAGAGCCCUGGUGGUUUAUGUUAGUGCUCAGAGGGGCAGGUGUGCGGUUAUGCUCACCAGUGAGCAAAGUGACUCAGAGGCUCUCUCACCUGCCUGGGACCAUUCCAUUUAACAUGAGGUGCCCAGUAGGCAGGCCACAUGGAAGUAGAUUGCUUAUUAAAAAAAGAACCACUUGCCCAUGGUUUUAUAAUAUACCAGAGAUUGGAGGAGUGCAUUGUACCUUGUUUUUUUAAGGGUUAUGUUAAAAAAAAAAAAAGAGUAAAGAGACCCCAUGUGGCCGACACAGCCUAAAAUAUAAGCUAUUUACUACCUGACCCUUUAAAGAAAAGGUUUACUGGCCCUUGCAAUAUGUCAUUCAAGAUCAAAUUGUGUGGCCAGUUAGGCACAAACUUAUUUUUUUAUGUAGUGCAGCAUUGCAACAUCUCUUUCCUUUUAGAUUUCACGGUUUCUGCCUGUUCGAUCUUAGCACACAGCUGCUGUUCCACAUUAUUCCUGACUAAUGCUUGUGUAUUAGAGAAAAAAAUAUAUCUCCCUUUGUGGCUUGAGUAUUUGUUGAAUCGUGGACAUUCAAUCUCAUCUACUAGGAUAACUAGUUAAAGCUAAAAGUACAAAGUCUUUUAAACUAAAAGUACUACAGUUGUCUUCAUGUUUAUGAGUCAGGGUGAACUUGACUCUCAUGGAGAGGUAUUCCCCUACAGCAGUGCUCAACACAAACGGAUUUCCUCGUGAACUUAAAGCCUAGAAUAGUGCCUCUCCCGGCAGGCAGAGAGCGUGUUAGUUUCACCCCCAGAAGCUAUACAGUAUAUUCAUGUACAGUAUAUUUGCAAGUUUAUCACUCCCCAAGCUUCGGUCAUUACUUGUGAAUAUAAAUGGCUGGUCUUUUUACCUGUCUGAACCUCUAAUCCAGAUUACCCAUCCUCAGCUCUCUUAAAAAUACCAGCAUGUCGAUGGCACCUUGUCAGCCCACCAGCAGCUUUAGACCGAAGUUCAGAGCUCUCUGGCCUGGCCAGUGAAGCCCGCUCCUGGUCAGGCCUAACUCACCUCAUUUUGAGGACCCACCUUUGGCACCUUGCCUCUUCCCUCUUCUGCUUAUGCCCCAAGCCCCCUUCCAGGAGGCCUCUGGGAAGUCUCCUACCUUUCAAGUGCUUCACUGAACAUAUAUAUGUUGUAUUAGAAGCAUUUCUUUUCAUAACUAUUUUUCUUCUCGUAGUUAGCCAUUGGGUCCAAAUGUAGUCACCUUACCAACUUUCUCACUCAAAUCGUUUUCUGUAAUCUACACUUCAUGUCGUCUUGUAGCUAAAUCUGUAGAAUUUGGGAGCUAGUUUGUGGAAGAGAUGCUAUACAAACAAGAUUUUCAUAAUUUUGUAUAUUUGUACCACAGGUAGGGAUUAGUUUUAGAGCCACUAUAGCUUAAGGUUAUAAGUUUCACCAGUGAUUUCUGCAUUCUUAAUAGUUCUAGGAGACUAUGUGACUAUGAUUUCAAAUACAUAUAUAUAAUACGUAUUUAUACACACCACUGUGAAAUUUAUUUCACUGUGUAAAUAGUGGUAUUUUCCUGUUCAAAUGCUUCUAUAGAAAGUAUUUAUUUUAACAAACAAAAAAAAUUAAUGUCAAAAGGGCUUUCCAAAAAAGUUUUCUUUCUAGAGAACCCAUCCUCCCCAGCUACGAUGCUCGGCCGCUGAACCCCCAGACAACAUAGUGAAGGCAGACGGGUGAGCCUUGAAGCCCUCACUGUAUUGGGGCAGAUGCAACUGGAUUGGGAACCUGAGCACAAUCCCCACUGUCACCCCAUCCCAGAACAAAGUGGGUCUCCCACAGUCGGUGUGGCUGUACCAGGUAUGGCAUCGGGGCUUGCCUCUAGCAGCCCACAUUUUGCAUACACAGUUGGUACAUUCAGCUGUAGAUUGCAACAUCCUGUGCAGGGAGAUGAGCCUUAGUUGUAACCCCAAGGAAAUCCAAACCUAUACCUGUGGGAUAUGGAGAAACCACUGGUUGCCUAAAGAAAGCAUUAAGAUGUAUUUUAGUCUUUCUCACCUUCGUGAAAGACACCUGUUCCCACUCUCGUUAACCACGGGAGAUAAGCACGUUUCCUCCUGCCCCUUGACUGAGUACUGAGCGCCUCAGCUCGCUGCCUCCUCCCUCUCUCAGCAUCUGUGCAGAUGUGGGCCAGCCCACCUAUAACUGAUGGUACACAGUGAGGUCAUCUGCUCUAAGAUGUGUGCAGCUUUACUUCCCAGGAGUCCUGGUCUGCAAUUCAGCACCCGUAAAUGUAAUGGAACUAAUGCUUUCCCAUCAGGUUCCUCUUCCCUGUGCCCCAUUCCUGGGCACCCCUGUCUGAGUCGCGAUUCUCAUCCUGCCCGGCUGGCUGGACUGAGAACUGCAGCUCCAGGACUGCGGUGAGCUUGGGACUGGACACACAGGGAUUUGUGUCAUCCAUUUGAACCAUAAUUAGCAUAUUUACUUAUGGCCUCCCUUUGUCUUUUCUAAACAAAUGAGGAAGACACUUGAACAGUAAUGCUGGAGAAUGUUUUUUUCAGAUGCUAUUUGUAAGCAAAUCUGAUUUUAAGAUAAAAUGUGAAAGGGUAACUAGGUGCCAGGGAAUUUAGCACUGAACUAGACAGUCAGAACUUUUUUAACCUUUGCAGGAAGAAAUAAACUUUGCUCUCAUCUAAAUGUUCACGAGAAAUAAUGUUGUAAAUAGUUUUUAAAAAAUAUUUAUUACAUGUGCUGUGUACAGAUUCAUGUUCUGAGUGAUGUUGGUUUGCAUUGUAGUAUUGUAGAAGAAUAUAUUUUGAGCAGUGGACUUCCUUUCAUAACACAGUUCACACAUGGAGAAAGAACAAAAACCAGCAGGUUGAGAGCUGUUUGGGGCAUUUGAUCUGUAAUGUUACAUCAAAUCCAAGCUUUAAUCGUUCCCUCUUCUCAUCUGGUUAUGUUAUAUAUUGUAUAUUAUAUAUAUAUAUAUAUAUAUAUAUAUAUAUAUAUAUAUAUAUAUACAUACACACACACACACACAUAUAUAAUAAACUGGUCAGUGGUCAGCCCCCAGACCUGCAGAGCAGAUUUCCAGGUUUUCUUUCUGAUGUGUUGCCUGUAAGCAAUAAGAUUCUAGGUAAUAGCAUUUAUUCCGGGCUCUGCGUUAGCCCUUGUCUCAGAGGAUAGGGUGGGGGUAGAACAGCUCUUGCUAAGACCUCUUGCCUUUGCUGGAGAGGUUGCUGUACUUGAAUUUUUGCUUCUGUUUGUCUGCACGCUCCUUCACAUCAUACGACACUAGCGAUGGAUGAGAAAUCUGCCAGCACCAGACACAUCAAAAAUUGGGCAUAGAGACUGAAGAAUUAUCAAUUUUCCAUGAAUUUGUAGGGUUUACAGAAUCUAGCUGAGGCAAAACGCAUUUGGCUGUAGCAUAAGUGUAAGAACCUUUCACAUUAAAAAUGUAAAUGGCCAAUAAAAAGUCCUUUGACUGUAUCUGAGCUACCUUUAAGAGCUAGCCCAUUUCCUGUACUCCUCCUCUGUGCCUGAGUUUGAAAUAUCUGAAGCCCCCUCCGUGUCUGGGGUUAAAUCGUUUAGGUUCAUGCAAAGAGGGCAGUUGCCUCUCCAAGCGUCCCAGCGUGUUCAGUCCAACAGAUUUCUAAGCUGUUUAGCAGCCUCUCCUUGUGACCGUCCUGAACUUUAUGAAAAAUACCCCACACCCAGAUAACCAUUAAUAGAAUAAUGUAGUUUUUUAGGCUUUUGGAAUAUGUCUUCUCUUUUGUAUUUAUGAUGGUGUUUGGAAUUUUUCACUAGUGUUUUUUUAGAUUGAAGUGGGUGCAUUAGGAUAAAACUUUCCAUUGCUGAGCCUGAAGCAAGCAAGAGGAAAGAAGCGGACCUAUGUUGUGUCUUUGGGAAGGUGACUACUUCUUGUGGUGGGGGGAGGGCGGGGGUGCGUUAUAGAUUAUGUGGGGUAAAAUAGAAUUCCGCCCUGAGGCUCCCCGAGUCUUAUGGCCUUGUAAUAAAGAAUCCCUUUAUUAGCCUCACUUAAUCUCAAUAGAAGCCUGCUGUUUACCCUCAGGGAACAAGUAGUUUUCAAAAUUGAGCUCCUCCCAGGUCAUUGGCCAGUGCCUGUGUGCAGGCAUUGGUCAUCUUUGUGAACUCAUGGCAUUAUUUUCCCAUACGUAUUAUGAUAUUAAGAAAUUCAACCCCAACCUGUAUGAAAAGCACAGCCCAGGGUCCUACUUUUAGGCUAGAGUUAAUGCCUUUGAGAGGCCAGGGGGUCAUAGGAGGCCCAUGCAAUUUAACUGAAGCUCAGGUGCCGUGUUGGGUUUUUAUUGGUUUCAGGCCACAGCCUUCAGAAUGAGUUUAGGGCAGGGCUGCUGAUCCGGCUGUGGAUCCAGGGAGCUCUAAGAUGAAUCUCUACCGUUCCUUUAAAGGUCUUUCUGGUUCUUCCCAGUGUUGUCAUUGCCGAGGUCAAUCUCGUAGUUGUUCAGAUGUGCUCCUUUUUGCUGUCUUGUGAGUCUUAGCCAGCGAUCCAGAUGCCCAAGGACAGAGUCUUCAGAGGGCCUAGCUCCUUCCUGGUACCAAGUGUGUGAUCCUGACCUGUGUGAAGGCGGUCUUGUCAAAAGUAGUGAAAUGAGAAUCUCUGCAAACGGUAAUCCGGAUGAUCAGCAUGUAUCCCUUGGGCCUGGACUUCCACUAUGUUAGUGAGUGUAGGAAAAUACUGUGUCUUUUAUGGAAGAAAAUUCAAUGUAUGCUGUGAAUUUGUUGGUUUGAAACAUUGAAAAUUUUUCAUUAGACAAUGUUUACAUACCUCACCUGAAGAACCUUUGAGAGUGUAUAUAUGAAAUUUAAAAUAUAUUAAGUUGCUUUAAAACAAUAUGUAUAGCUAUAAAAGUUGGAGUUAUUUUAACUUUGAAUAUGUACCAAGUCUCUUAAAUAUUGAAAUCUUGUGGACUUUUUGUGCUUCUGUGUUUUACUUUCCUAUUAGACCAUGUAGGAAACUGUGUUCUUGUUAUUGGUAAAGGGGCCCUCACUGAAAUCCAAGCUUGGAAGGAUUUCCUUUGUUGUUUCAGAUUUUCUAGUUUGGUUUUGAGGGGUGGGUUAUGGAGCUAGAGGAUGUGUGGGCGGGAUUUCUCUAACGUUGACAUCUAUUCCAUGAGCUUUUCCUAGGCGCUUAUUUUAUUGCAGCGUAUUAAACUUCUUUGAUAUUAAA